GCUGUUGAGAAAAUGGCCGCCACGGCGCUGGCAGGGUCGGCGGGCGACGGGCACAUUAUGGAGGCGAAGAAGUUCGAGUAUUUCUCCUCCAUCAACUCCAUGGCGAGGAAGAUCAUGCAGGAGAGGGAGAAGAUAAAGGAACAGUUCGGCUCGGCCUGGGAAGAGAUGAGUCCGGCGGAGCAGGACUCGGCGAUAGACGACGGCAUGAUGGACCCGAAAAUCCGCGCUCGGUACGCCAUGCACAGAGUGGACCGGGACGAGGUGGUCUGCUACCCUAAACUGCUCAUCCAGACGGGCCAGAAGGUCGUCCACUUCGGAGAGGAGGAUCUAACUUGGCAGGACGAGCAUUCAGCACCCUUCUCCUGGGAGACCAAAAGCCAGAUGGAGUUCAGCAUGAUCUCGGGCGCUCCAGAGAUGGUCGUUUUAUCCUCCGUGCCCGAAUCGAAGCCAAAGACGUCGCAGAGCGGCCGGCGGGAGGAGGAAUCCUCCUUCUGGAAGAUCAGCGCAGAGCGCUCCAGGCUGGAGGGGGAAAAGGCCGAUUUCCAGUCUCUGACCCCGAGUCAGAUAAAGUCUCUGGAGAAAGGUGAGAAGCCCCUCCCCUCGUACCUGCGACCGGACAGCGGGGGAGAGGAGCUUCAGGCACCCCGGCCCAUGAAGCAGAGGGCACCCAAACCUCCAGCCCCACCCCCACCUCCACCCGCUCCCAUCAGCGUCACCCCGGCCACUCUGAAUGUCGCACCUGCCCCUGCCCCUCCGGUGCCGGUCGGAGGCUGGGAGAGAGCACAGAGCACUCUGCCUUCAGCCAGCAGCCCGCUCGACGACGUGUUCAGCCCCGGACUGGCCACCAAGACUCCACCUCAACCAGUCGUAGCUAAAGACAGCGAGAAAGUGGAUGGGUCGCCGGCCGCCAGCCCGACCUUCUCACAGUUCAACACGAGCAACAGCAUCCUGAAGACCGGCUUUGACUUCUUGGACAACUGGUAACGCCAGAACGUGACCUCGAGCAGCGGAUCCGUUCCCGCGAUACAGGACCUACAACCUUCACACACACCACACUACAGAGCAGUUACAGCUGAGCUCACCGUUUUCAGAUCCUUCUUAAAGCUACAGUCAGGAUGUGUAUGUUAUAAUGGGUCAGCUUGGGGUACAAACAGGAUCUUAAAACAAGUUCCUCAGUGAAUGACAUCUAAAACGUUCAGGAACCGUGAUUUGACUAUAUUAACCUUUCAACCUCCAGAUGAAUUAUUGUUUUCCUGCCACACACUGGCUGUAGCCUUAAAAUACACUAGUGACUCGUUCUCUGUUUAAGCUCAGAUCCAGAUCAUAGCCCCUUACUCUAAACUCGGGCUGCACGAUACACAAUAUUAUAUCACGAUUGUAUUGCUACACGUUGCAAUUGAGACAUGGCUUGCAAUAUAUUGAAAUGAUAUAUUGUAUGAUAUGAUUAUUCUGAUCAAAAUUAUGUGCAUUUAUGAGAUCAGACGAACAGCUUGCUGCAUUAAAUCACCAAUAUGUAAUGUAGUUUGUGCAAGUUUGCAUAUUGUAGCAUAGUGCUGGGCGAUAGAUUGUUUGUAUCAGGAUUGGUGCCACACAUCAAUAUUGAAUUUUCGGAUUUAGCUGACGGGGUUUGGGGUGGACCAAAAAACCUAUUUGACACUAAAGAAUUUUAUUUAAAAGCAACGUAUUUAUAUAUUUACACACACAGAAAUAUAGCCUCUCGCACUCAUUCAUGCAGCUUGUGGAUUAUUACUACAGUAGAGGAUUCCACUUUGCUGUUGCUUUUGUUAGUUUGCUGCUCGUUGAUUUAGUCAUAGGUCGCCCAUGAAAGGCUGUCCAGUGUGCUCUGCAGAAGUCGCUGAAGGCUUCGAUUUGAAGGCCAUUUAAAAGCUGUAUUUGAGCAAGGGGUCUACACUCAUGGAUUCGGUCAUAGCUACACAGCACACUGCAGCUGGGUUUCAGCCUGGACUGAUGGGUUUUAAGGGUCAAAUCAAGAAAACACAUAAAAUAGUGGCAUAAAUAAUGAUCACAUUGUUGAUGUGUUAAGUUUGACAGCCCUAUUAAAACGAAAUAAAUAAGCUUUCUUUAGAAGAUCUGAUUAACGUUUACGAUAUUAUGUAAUUGCGGUGCAACAACGCGGUCCAAACCAAACAAGCGGUGUCAGGUUUGUAGCUUAGCAGUCUUCGGGAAGCUUAAACACACUCAAAUAUGGUGAUAUAUUUAAAAAUAAUGUGGUAUUGAAUUUCAUCGAUACCGUCCAGCACUAUGGCAUCUGUGAGAUCAAUAUCGCAAAGGUGAAAUAUUGCAGCUAACAAGCGAGAUAUCGUGCAGCCUUACUUUCCUUGAUUUAAAACAAACGAAUGUGUGAGCAAUAGGUCAGUAGCAUCGAGCUAACCUUAAAUCUCUUUCUGAACUGGAUAAGACCCUAGUAGGGGUCAUUAGGGAAGGGGCUGAGGGAAUACUUGACCUGAAGAUGCUAAUUUGAAAGAAUUUACAGGAUUUAUGCAAUGCUAACUGGAACAUUGGCUUGUUAGCAAGUUAGCAUUUUGUAGGUAACGUAUUCCUUUGGACUGAGCAGCCUGCCUUGUCUCUUUGCCUCACUGCCUGGCAAUUUUUCUUCUCAAUAUUUGUUAUUUAGACCUCAGUACUAGUGCUGCGCAGUUAUGGAUGUAGACUCAGUCGAAGCGAGUAGAUUAGCAUGGUUUUAAAGUGACGCAUUUUACACCCAAGCAUAUGUCAGUUUUGUAGACUUUUUAUACACAACCUGUCAUCCAUUCUUUCAUUCCUUCAUUGUAUUGUUGUUGAUUAUGUAUUGCACUCGUUUGACUUGGGUCAAAUUUGUAUUUAUGAGGCCUCGUCCCAGUAAUGAGUUACCUUUCCUCAUCUCCUUAUUUUGGCAUCAGGAAUGACCAGGUGUACCAAAAAAUGUGUAUACAGCCAAGUUUAGUCUGUCUGAUAAUUGCUAUUUAUGGCAAACGAGGCUUUCUGUAGCUGGAUAGAUGGUUUAGGAAAAGAUCUGGGGACACGUUUGAAACUUCAGCAAUAUUCUGACUACCACAGCUAUGGUUGCCUUCCGCAAAGGGCAAAGGGUCAGUGUUACCAAGCAGGAUUUCUUCAAUAAGCUUAUUUUGAUCGAAUGGUCUUUGUUACUAUGUUGGUACAUCACCAUGACUAUUUUGGUUGCAUUUGUAAUCGCUCCAGGGCCGGAUAUGUUUGGGAUCAGUGGUGGAACCACUGGGUCCUGUUGGGUCCUAACACAGUGCAGGGAAAAAAAAUUGAAAAAGAGUGAAAUGUGCUCUUUGCAAAACUUAUUUUAAAACUUAUCAGCAAAUAAAUAGAAGCUGCACUAAAAUCUGCAGAAAGAUUUUCCUGUAGAGAACUUAUUGUUAUUUGGAAAAUCAACAUAAGUGGUCAUCAAAGUACGUUUUUCCCAUUUUUGCUUGCCGCUGUAUGCAUAACAGCUUAUAAAGUGAAAUGGUCUUGUUCUUUAUUGAAACAAGCUGUAUUAUCUGCCGAUGCAGCACAAAUCUCACUGGCUAAAAUUCCUUAAAAGAAGAAAAAAAUGACAAAACAGGCUGGAUAAUCCUGUCAUAUUGUUAGAGAUAUCAUAAUGUGAAAUAUUAUAUAUAUAUGUAUUUGCGCUGUUUUCACACUGCUCAUUUAAUAAGUUUAAUUCAGUUAGAAUCUCUACAGUUGAUGCUAGUAGAAAACCGGUCCAGAUGGAGAAACGGUUCUCAUUCGCAGAGCUUACAGAUCAGCCCUUUCAGCACACUUUCACAUGCCAACAGAACAGCACAUUUGUGGUCUGAUACUGAAGGAAAGCACAUUUGAUUCAAGCAAUACAAACUAAUGUCUUAACGCAGCGGUUUCUAAUCUCAGGUCCGCACAGUCAGCAAGCUUUCUUGUGUUGUUCUCACUCUGCAACACCUGCCUUGGCUUAUGAAGGCUUUGAUGAGUUGAAACAGGUGUGUUGUGAACAGGGACUGGGAUUAAGAAGCGCUGAUCUAAAGGAAUGUGGAGGUUUUGCUUGCGCUGGGCGUCUGGCAAAGUGGGCAAACACAAGGAAAGGUGGUGUUUCGGUAUUGGGACGGGGCCAACCACUUGUACACACCAAAUAAAUCAUGACCUAGAGCUGGUACUCGCGCAUUCUGAUACUAUUAAUGCAAGAUGAAGUUAAUAAAAUGGGGUACCUCAA